CAGAGACAGUCCUUUUAAUCUGUGUCCGUUAUUCAUCUAUAAUAGUAACAGAAGUAUAUUUCAUUAAAUGUACAUAGAAUUAAAUAUAUUUUCUUUUUUAAACAAGUUACAACUAAAAGUGAAAACUAACAAGCAGGCUGUAUUUAGAUCUGUGAAUUUGAAAUUUGCACAAUAAAUUCCGAAAACCAUGACUUCAGAAGCGCUAGCGUCGCUCACAGCAACUUAUACGGAUUCAGAAGGUGAGGAAGAUAUAAUAGAAGAUGAGCAAACACCAGAGAAAGAGGAGCCUAAAGUUGUACACUCUGCACCUGCCAGUCCAAAAAAACCCGACGAAAACAAUAAAUCAGCAUCAGCUCCAGUAUCGCCGAAAAGGAGGUUAGUAUCAUAUGUGGAUGACACUAUUGUGUCGGAUGAAGAGCCCAUGUCCCCUGCAGCCGACAAUCAGGACGACAUGCGCCGCCUGUCCAUGGAAACAGACACAGACGAAGCUGUGCCCCGAUCUGAUCCAGAUGAUUCACAAGAUGGCCUGACUAUACCGCCUGAACCUCCAGGGAAGUGCCCUAAGGAAUUACAAGACACAAUAGCAAAGUACUAUAGUAGAAUGUUGAAUGAAGGCUUAGAUAUGAAUAGAAUUAUACAGGACAAGAAAAACUUUAGAAAUCCUAGUAUUUAUGAGAAACUGAUACAAUACUGUGAUAUAAAUGAAUUAGAUACAAAUUAUCCACCUGAAAUUUACGAUCCUUUAAAAUGGGGAAAAGAAUCAUAUUAUGAUGAAUUGGCUCGAGUUCAGAAGGUUGAAAUGGACCGACGGGAAAAAGAAAAAAAGGAAAAGUUAGCGAAGAUUGAUUUUAUAACAGGAGUUGCAAAGAAACCUGAAAGUGAUGAUGAGAAAAAGAGGAAAUCAAAGUGGGACCAGGCAGCUCCCAAUGUGGGCACCAAACCAAACAUAAAGCAGCCAGGGCUUGUACAGCAGCCUCUCACUAGCAAUGUAACAGGAACCAAGGGUACCAUUAUUUCAGCAUUUGGUUCACUGCCAAAGAAACCAAAAAUAUGACCUGAAUAAAAUUAAAUUAAACAACUUAUUAAAUAAUAUUAAAGUAUAUUUAAGACUGGA